AUGUCGAGCAUGCGGUGUAGCUGGAGACCUCAUCACGCAUGUUACCCCAAAUCGCUGAAGGUGACGCACGCUUCAUUGAUCUCGCCUGCAGCGAAGCAACCAACCUCCCAAGCAGGUUCGUUCCAUCGCCUCACCCUCGCUUCGACCCUUCCCUCCCACCCAACGCUUCCACCGAAAGAUACGCCUCAACCCACCACACCCACUGCUUUCCCACCAGCCGCUCCCGUGCUGUGUGCUAUCACCUUUACCAACCCCGUCCGACCAGAGGAACUUCAUCCUCGCGUGUCAACCACGUCCGAGCGUAGUCCCGCCGCGCGGCCUAUCCUGCACGCGUCCCCCUCCGACACCAGCGCGGAUUCCGCCUUGUCCCCGCACAGUGUGGAGCGCCGAAAGCUGUUCAGCUGGGACGGGGUGACCGUUGAUCAGAUCAUUGCGGGCAGCCUGGGCACGAUCGACGGUCCAGAGGACGACGAGGUGACGACGAAGAUCGUGGAGAUAUUCAUGAACGCGGGGUACAACGUGAUGGUCAUUCAGAGCGACCACUCCGUGCAGGGCGACCCGGCGUCCGCGCAGGUGGAGGUGUGGCACUUCUGGGAUAACUCCGAGUUCAAGGUGUUUUACAAGCAGGGCCCGUUCUCUGUGGAGAAUCUUGGCAAUGGCGGGUACGAGAACUGGGCGUUCGGAGGCAACUGGCAGCGGUACGGCGCGGAUGAGAAGGUCGUCGUCUUCUCCUGA